GCGGCGGCGGCGGCGUUAAGACCAGCGAGGGCGCGAAGCCUGCAUCACGCUCAUGCUCUGCCCGAGAACACGAUGCGUCAGCGGCGGCGGCAGAUUCCCGUUCUGACUGAAGGACAAAAGGAUGCGAGAGCAGCUCAGGCGGCUGCUGCCUGCGCCAGCCCCGGGAGGCGAGCCGGGCACCGCUAGGAGAUGGUCCCGGGCUGCGCUGCCGCCCCCGCUCGCCCGCCUCCUUCUCCUCCUCCUCCUCCUGCCGCCGCAGUCGACGGCCGACCGAGGCGCUGAAGGCUGCCGGCGCGGGCAGCUGCCGCCGCUGCCGCAACUCUCUACUUCCAAGCCCCGCGGGGGCCGCCGGCUCGCCCCGCGCUCUUGCGCCCGCUCGCCGCCGGCGCCCAGGCUCCCUCAGCCGGAUUAGGAGGAGCCGCCGCCGCCACUGGCGAGGGAAGGCAGGCGGGCGGUCGGGCAGAGGGCGAGGCGCCUCACCCGCGCGGCCGCCGCUCCACGAGGCUCCCCACAGGGCGGGCGGGCGGCCGGGCGCGACGAGACGGAGGAAGAAGAAGGGCGCCCGCGCCCGCAGCGGGGAGCCGCUUUUUCGGGGCCGGCCAUGGAGCAGCCGCCUCGCCGCCUGCCGGCCGCGGCCAGCCCUCCUUCGCCUGGCGCCCAAGGACGCGCCUGCAAACCGCUGGCGAGGCUCUCACGGGCACCAGGCGCCUGCCCUGGACCUGCCUAGCUGGCCAGGCCGCUCCGGCGGGCGCCCGAGGACUGCGGAGGAACCAUUUCGCCUGCCUGCCGCGCGGCGGCCCCUUCGGCGAACGGCGAACUCCAGCAGCGUCCGGAUGGCGCACAAAUGCUGAGCGCCUCGAGCGCAGGGACCGGCAGAGCCACCCUUCGCGCCCGCGGCCGGAGCUGCCGGCCGAGCAAGGAGGCCCCCUCGGAGCUCACCUAGGGCCCCGCGCCCGUCCCCCCCCGCUUCCACUCCUCCCCCUCCCCUAUCUCCCCCUUCCGAUGGAGAGAGGCGCCAGCAGCAGCUCACUCCAGCCGGGCUAAGGGGGGGGCGGCGGACGGGGGGCACUUCUCCCUUCGAGGCCAAAUCCCAAACGAUGGUGAAUUAUGAACGUGCCACACCAUGAAGCUCUUGUGGCAGGCAAUUGCGCACCACGCCUGGAAUGCCGCCCCGCUUGCCUUCGUCUACAUCGUGGCACCAAUGUGGCUGGCGUGCGCAGUGGCAGCUGUGGCUGGGCCGCAGAGCUGCCCCUCCGUGUGUUCCUGCAGUAGCCAGUUCAGCAAAGUGGUGUGCACGCGCCGUGGCCUCUCAGAGGUGCCUGAGGGCAUCCCCUCCAACACGCGGCACCUUAACCUGAUGGAGAACAACAUCCGGAUGAUCCAGGCCGACACCUUCCGACACCUCCGGCACCUGGAGGUCCUGCAGCUGGGGCGCAACGCCAUCCGCCAGGUGGAGGUGGGGGCCUUCAACGGCCUGGCCAGCCUCAACACUCUGGAGCUCUUUGACAACUGGCUGACGGUGGUCCCCAGUGGGGCCUUCGAGUACCUCUCCAAGCUGCGGGAGCUGUGGCUGCGGAACAACCCCAUUGAGAGCAUCUCCUCCUACGCCUUCAACCGGGUCCCCUCCCUCCUGCGCCUGGACCUGGGUGAGCUCAAAAAGCUCAAGUACAUCUCCGAGGGGGCCUUCGAGGGCCUGUACAACCUGAAGUACCUUAACCUCGGGAUGUGCAACAUCAAGGACAUGCCCAACCUCACCCCGCUGGUGGGCCUUGAGGAGCUGGAGAUGUCUGGAAACAACUUCCCUGCCAUCCAGCCCAGGGCCUUCCAGGGGCUGAAAUCGCUCAAAAAGUUGUGGAUUAUGAGCUCCCAGAUCAGCCUGAUUGAGCGUAACGCUUUUGAUGGCCUCACUGCACUGGUGGAGUUGAACCUGGCCCACAACAACCUCUCCUCUCUGCCUCAUGACCUUUUUGCCCCUCUGAGGUACCUGGUGGAGUUACACUUGCACCACAACCCCUGGAGUUGCGACUGCAACAUCUUGUGGCUGGCCUGGUGGCUGCGGGAGUACAUCCCCACCAACUCUACCUGCUGCGGCCGUUGCCACGCCCCAAUCCACAUGCGAGGGAGGUUCCUGGUGGAAGUGGACCAGACUGCUUUCCAGUGCUCAGCUCCCUUCAUCAUGGAUGCCCCUCGGGAUCUAAACAUCUCCGAAGGGAGAGUGGCUGAGCUCAAGUGCCGCACGCCUGCCAUGUCCUCCGUGAGGUGGCUGCUGCCGAAUGGGACCGUGCUGAGCCACGCUUCCAACCACCCACGGAUCUCAGUCCUCAAUGAUGGCACCCUGAACUUCUCCCAAGUUUUCCUAACGGACACAGGCAUCUACACUUGCAUGGUCACCAACGUGGCGGGGAAUUCCAACGCCUCGGCCUACCUCAACGUGAGCACGGCCGAGCUCAACACUUCCAACUACAGCUUCUUCACCACCGUCACUGUGGAGACCACGGAGACUUCGCCCGAGAAUAUCUUCCCAAAGUUCACCAAGCCCGUGCCGACCACGUCCACGGGCUACCAGCCAGCGUACACUACCACCACCACCGUGCUCAUCCAGACCACCAAGGCGCCCAAGACGGACCCCGCCUCGGACAACAACAACGACAAGAUGCAGACCAGCCUGGAUGAGGUGAUGAGAACCACCAAGAUCAUCAUUGGCUGCUUUGUGGCCGUGACGCUGCUGGCGGCGGCCAUGUUGAUUGUCUUUUACAAACUUCGCAAAAGGCACCAGCAGCGGAGCACCGUGGCAGCUGCCAGGACUGUGGAAAUAAUACAAGUGGAUGAGGACAUGCCGGCCUCCUCGGCAGGAGCGGCGGCGGCAGCCUCCACUACCCCGUCGGGUGUAUCAGGUGAGGGGGCAGUUGUGCUGCCAGCUAUUCAUGACCACAUUAACUACAACACUUACAAACCGUCACAUGGGGCCCAUUGGACAGAAAACUGUUUGGGGAACUCGCUGCACCCCACGGUUACGACUAUUGCUGAACCUUAUAUAAUUCAGACCCACCCCAAGGAGAAAGUGCAGGAAACGCAAAUCUGACUCCUCCCCCCUCAAGAAAUUAUUAAAAAAAAUUGCAAUAGAAUGCACAAACAGAAACAGACGUCAACUUUUGUACAGGGGGGGAGGGACUGGGCAGGUUUUUUCGUGUACAUGCUUAUAUAUUAAGUCUAUGAGCUGAGAUAAAAGAAGCAGGUUAUAUUAAACAUGUAAAGAAACCCCCUAUUGAGAAGGAGGCAGCAGCGACAAACACUCCCUCUCCUUCCCCAAACGACAGAAAAACGGGAGUCAGAAAUUGCUGUUGUGACUUUCUGGAAUAAGAUCUAUUUACAGCAAACAUGCACGCACACACACACACACAGGGCAACAAUGAAGAGAAAAAAGAAAAAUAUAAAACCAGGGAAUAGCAAGGGGUGGGAUUUGCCCUUUUUAGAAGAUGUUACUUAGAAUGCAGUAAAAACAAAUCCGUUUCUAUAGAGACACUCUUUUCUUAAAGCCCUGGAAAAAAAAAAACUCCCCUCGUUUACAGAGUUGUCUUAUUCAAGAAAAAAGAAAAAGGGAAAAAGCGCACCAGGAGUUUGUACUGUGCCAAAAUGUUACAAAUGCAAUAAAAUGGUCAUUUUUUAAAACAAGAAAAAGACAAUUUUCACAGGGAAAUGAAAUACUUGUAUCACACUGCAAAAAAAAAAAAAAAAAAAAAAAGUAAACCAGCAAGAGCCUGCCCCCUCCUCCUCUCAGCCGUGGGGGGUGGCAGAGUCCUGGGUAAGCAACCGUGGGAGGGAGGGAGGGCUGUCGGCAUGCCCCCCCCGCCAGUGAAAGGAAGAGGUGCUGUGUGCCCAGCAGGCCUCCAUGCCUUCCACUGCACCACAUCCCUGCGGUUGUAUUUAACCCUCUGUGCGCAAACCUUCUUUUGGGGUGGGUG